GUGGUUGGCAGUUGGAGUCCGGGUUCACUGAGGCCCCGUUGUUUGUGGUCCACUGGCCCCAGGUGCCCCGGGACCCAGACCCAGCAGACGGGCGUGGACGGCCAGCGGUGCAAAGGCGGGGACAGGGGCGUUGCCAUGGUGACCAGUCCCUCCAGAUCCCCUUCGCCGCCGGAGACGGACCUGAGGGACGCCACCCCACCGGCCCCUGCGCCCCCCCCCACCACGGUCUGCCGCAGCGCCUCCCUGUGGACGGAGGAGCCGGGACUGGACAACCCCGCCUUCGAGGAGAGCACAGAGGAGGAGAGCGUGGUAGGGCUGGAGUGCGUUGUCCCCAGGGUCAAGAGGCCCCUCAGUAACCCCUGCAUCCACCUCCUCCGCUCAGUUAGCUCCGCCUCCUCUGGCUGGGACUGCUCAGAGUCCCCGCCCCUCUCGGCUGAAGAGGGCUGCGUGAAGCUGCCCUCCCUCCCAGAGGGGGAGAUCACCACCAUAGAGGUGCACCGCGCCAACCCUUACGUGGAGCUGGGCAUCAGCAUCGUGGGGGGCAACGAGACGCCCCUCAUCAACGUGGUGAUCCAGGAGGUGUACCGGGAGGGGGUCAUCUCCAGGGACGGCAGGCUGCUCGCUGGGGACCAGAUCCUACAGGUGAACAACGUGGACAUCAGCAACACGGCCCACAGCUUCGCCCGCUCCACGCUGGCGCGACCCUGCACCUCGCUACAGCUCACCGUGCUCCGGGAGCGCCGCUGCGCCUCCCGGGCGCCGCCAGCCCCCUCCUCCUCCUCCUCCUCCACCCCCGGCAUCCCCCACGCCCCCUGCUCCACCCCCGAGGGCGCGCCGGCCAGCCCGGCCAGCCUGCGCAUCACGCUGACCAAGAGGGACUCGUCGGAGCAGCUGGGCAUCAAGCUGGUGCGGCGCACCGACGAGGCGGGCGUGUUCGUGCUGGACCUGCUUGACGGGGGGCUGGCCGCCAAGGACGGACGGCUGUGGGGCAACGACCGCGUGCUGGCGGUCAACGACCAGGACCUGCGGCACGGCACCCCGGAGCAGGCCGCCCAGAUCAUCCAGGCCAGCGGAGAGAGGGUCCACCUGUUGAUUGGCCGGCCCACCAAGCCGACUCCGCCCCCACCUCCUAAGUCAAGCUCCACCAGAGACCUGUACUGCCUUGACCACUUCCUGCCUAACCACAGCGGCAGCCCCAGCCCUGUGCCGACGCACCCAUCCCGCGCUACCACCCACCGAGACCUCUCCCAGUGUGUAAGCUGUAAAGAGAAACAUAUCACUGUGAAGAAGGAGCCCCAGGAGUCCCUCGGCAUGACUGUCGCCGGGGGGCGGGGCAGCAAGAGUGGCGAGCUGCCAAUCUUCGUGACCAGUGUCCAACCACACGGCUGCUUGUCCAGGGACGGACGAAUCAAACGAGGCGACAUCCUGCUGAGCAUCAACGGCCAGGACCUGACCUACCUGAGCCACAGCGAGGCGGUGGGCACCCUGAAGGCCAGCGCGGCCACGCCCGCGGUCCAGCUGAGGGCCCUGGAGGUGUCCCUGCUGGAGGAGCGGGGCCAGCAGGACCAGCUGCUGGCCCACAGCCACGACAGCGACUACGACGCAAACUGGUCCCCCUCCUGGGUCAUGUGGCUGGGGCUGCCCAGCUACCUCCACAGUAGUCACGAGAUAGUGCUGCGCCGGAGCCACCCGGGCAGCUGGGGCUUCAGCAUCGUGGGAGGGUACGAGGAAACCCACGGCAACCAGGCCUUCUUUAUCAAGACCAUUGUCCUCGGAACACCUGCGUACUACGAUGGGCGCCUUAAGUGCGGCGACAUGAUCGUGGCGGUGAACGGGCUGUCGACGGCGGGCAUGAGCCACUCGGCGCUGGUGCCCAUGCUGAAGGAGCAGCGGAGCCGGGUGGCCCUCACCGUGGUGUCCUGGCCCGGGAGCCUGGCCUAGCCCUCACCGUGGUGUCCUGGCCCGGGAGCCUGGCCUAGCGCUGAUGCCCUCACUGUGGGGGUCCUAGCCUAGCCCUCACCGUGGUGUCCUGGCCCAGUCCGCUGAUCCUCCACUCCACUGUGGAGGGGUUCCCCAUUAGCUACACGAGUCCACACCGGGAUGUAUACACAAGGACCAAACCAUUCAGAACUGUUGUAGAUGCAUCAGGGUUCCCCAUCAGUCACCCUGGUGAGGGGAUCUGUGUCAGUGUGCCACAUCCCCCUGUGGAGUUGCACCCCUCACAUGGUCAUGUUGUCUUCACUCCCAUCCACUCGGGAGCCUGCUUUGGUUAGCUGACCUAGCAGCAGGCUGCCCUCCAUCGUCAACGGGCUGCAUUAGAACCCUUACGGAGGCAACAUUUACGUAGAACUAAAGCCUAGUAUUAGACCCCCCUGAAUGACCCUCUGCAAUGGCGAGAAGGCCACAUGUCACUUUAUAAACAUUUUUAUCUGCAAUACCAGUGCUGUCCAGUUGACUACGCCCCAGGCCUUACUAGAUACCUGCCACACCCUGGGGCCCGCCUGCCCCGAGGCCUCAUUACCAUGGCGUCCAGCCGUCCUCCCGCUGGAGUUUUCUACAUGUGUGAAUGUGUAUUCUGUUUGAUUAAUAAAGCUCUCCUGUGAAGGAACA